AUGAACCAGGGCGAAGGUGGUACGCCCAAUAUCAACAUGAAUAACCUAAAUCAGAUGACAAAUUUGGCGGUUGGCGGUGUUCAAGUAGCGGGAGGAAUGCCGAACAUGGGACAGGUGCCCCAGAACCCAAACAUAAGCAACGGCUCGGGUUCAAAAGGCUUGGAGAGAUCCCUGCUUAACACAUAUAUAUACGACUACUUCAUCCGUCAUGAUAUGUUUGAUAGCGCCCGAGCCAUCCUGCAGGAAGCCGAGGUCUCUACCGAACCUGGGACUUCCGCUAGACGUGGAUCUCCUUCGCGACGCUCCCAAAAACAUGACCAAGACGGUAAUCUUAUCAACGGGAUAGAUGACUCGAUGGAUCCUGACCGGAAGGAUGACGAGGGCAGCGAGCGCGGCGCAGAUUUGCCCUUACCAAAAGUUCCACAAGACUCCUCCGGCGGUUCUUUCUUGUACGAUUGGUGGUCGUUAUUCUGGGAUAUAUUUGGUGCCCGCACCGGAAAAGCCGUUUCGGGCCCCGCUAUGACCUAUGUGAAUCAAGUCCAAGUCCAGGCGAAAUCUCGGGAGCAGCAACAGAGGCUCCUCCAAAUAACGCAAGCCGGUGGUCUUAUGGCCGGCCAGAUCCCCCAGCAAUUCAUGGCUGGGUAUCCAGCGAACCAGAUGCUCAGGGUUCCCAACGGGGUCAUCCAUGCCGAUGAUGUUCUUCAAAAAAAUAACCUUGCACGACAGGCAAUGGUAAAUAACCAGCGAAACAAACCCCAGUUUCCUCAAAACCCAAACCAGCAGCAGCUCCAGCAGCAGCUCAAAACCCAACAACAACAGCAACAAGCGAUGAUACAGCAACAGCAGCAAAUGCAGCGAGAUCAGUCAGUUGAUGGCGAGCGACCACAAUCUCCAGCACCUGGUCAAAACGGAUCAUCACCCUCGAAACGUGCACGCCUAGAAGGAGAAUUCCAACCUGGAGCCGGACGAGGCCAACUGCAAAAUAUGCCUGCUGGACAAGCCAACACUCAGGCGAUACUGAUGCACCAUGGAAUGAAUCAAUUGACACCCGGCCAGUUUGCGCAAUUUAAUAAUGCGAAUCCAGCAGUCCAAGCCAAAUUGACAGCUGCAUACGCACAGAAUCUCAGACUAGCGCAACAACAACAACAAAACGCCGCAGUCAACGCCGCCGUUAUGGGCAAUCCGGCUCUCGCUAAAGGCGUAAUGCCGAAUGGCCAGAUGGCCGGCGUUUCCGCCGCGCACGGGGCCCCCAUGGUGCACCAGACUUCGGCUGAUGGAGGACAGGGCAUAAAUGAAUAUUAUACUGGAGGGAUGGGUCGCGGAGGAAUGAAUGCAACCGGUAACCACGCCUUGCAGGAUUAUCAGAUGCAGUUGAUGCUGCUCGAACAGCAGAACAAGAAGCGAUUGAUGAUGGCCCGUGCAGAACAAGACCAGAUACAUAUGCGUGGUAACGAGCCUCGACCCGAUGGCUCCGUGCCCUUCCAAAGCCAAAGCGUGUCGCCCUCCGGUACUCGAGCAGCGCCUUCCCCACAACCAUCAGCGGACAUCAAGCGAGGCACGCCUAAAAUGGGCGCGCAACCCGGCCCCGGCUCGCCCCUCCCGAGCGACAGCAACAUCCAAAUCCAACGAGGAUCUCCUGCUGCAUCAAUAGCAGCUUUCAAUGGCCAGCCAACAAUUCAAAAUGCCGCUAUGAUGAGACCUCCGAGCUCACAUCCUGGAUUUCCAGGAGUUGGGCCCCAUAUGAAUGAACAAGCUAUGAACCCUGCUCUGAGGCAGCAAGCUCAAGGGGGUAGAGGCCAGCCGAUGUGGGGUAGCCAAAUACCAGGUCAACAAACCCCACAGGCCGCACAGGCCCAAAUGGCCCAACUGCAAGCCCAAGCACAAAGUCAAGGCCAGCCGCAAGGACAAACCCCACAAGUGGCGCCGUCUCCAGCGGCAUCUGCUGGACAGCCACAAAACAUCGGCACCCCUGGGCAGGCUAGACCCGGCGGACCACACCAAGCUAUGCCACCACCUUCUGCGCCAGCAAACCAAAGUGCUGGCCGUACAUCACCUCAGGUUAAUGCCAUACCUCCCACACCCACCAAUAAAGCUGGGGGUGCUGCGAGGAAAAAGGAUGCAAAAGGUGACCGUAAACAAAGCCGGCCAAACAAAAAGGCGGCGGGUGUGGCAGCGGCUAACGCGGGCGCAGCUGGCGCGCCUACCCCGUCGGAAGCAGAAACCCCUGCACCGGACACUCCCAUGACACCCCAGAAUCCGAACUCUUUUAAUGCUCCAGGGAAUGUUGCCAAGGUUCAAGGUGGUUUUCAGAAUCCUGCAGUCCCGGUCGCUGGUGGCGCAGCCUCAGAAGCAGUUCCAAAUCCUGCUGCAGCGGUAGCUCCUCCAAUGGCGGCAACCGAAUCUUCCGAAAAUCCCAAUUUUGGUAUGAUGACUAACAUGGAUGGGUUUGGGGGGAUGGGCAAUGAGAACGAACUGAUGGAAUUCGAUUUUGAGAGCUUCUUAAACCCAGAAGCUACAACGGCUGCCGAUUUGAAUUUCGAUUUCUCAGCUUUUGGGUCUGGCAUGGAUGACGUUACCCUCGAUGGUGGCCCUUGA